GCCACGUCAAUGGUGCCCAACUCGCCGCACGUGACAGUGCUGUACGCGUGCGCACUGGCAGUGGGCACGUGUGCCGGCGCCUGGAGUAACGCCAAGACCGUGUGGCUCAUAGAGAUCUGGCAGACCAGUAACGCACCUGUACUACAUCUAUGUAGCUUUUUGUUUGGCAUUGGCACUAUUAUCGGGCCCCUGGUUGACAAACAAUUUGUGCUUGGUGAUCGUUUGGCUAGUAAUUCAAGUUUGGUUAAUUUAGCAUCUACUGGUACUGGUGCUGUUGACCAUGAUGCUGUACCCGUGCCAGAAAAGUCCAUGCUCUGGCUGCCAUUUGCAAUUAUUGGUGGAUGCACACUAAUGGCAUUGAUGUAUCUAUGUAAAAAAUACGAAAACCGAAACCACAUGAUCAGUGAGAGCCAAUCGCAGGUGUCGGACGAACUCGUGAGCCGUAAACUAUUUGACAAAAAGCAUACGGACACUGUUCGGUCCACUAGUGACGUUGAACUUGGUCACCCUACCAGCACUGUCACCAGCACCCUCAUCACAACAACACCUUGCACACCCACAACACUGGACAACAAACCAUACAACCCCACCACCGCCCCCAUCAUUGACACCCCGGCCACUAAACACCACACACUGCUGGACAACUUCCGGCAAAAUCACGACCGCUGGCUAUUGAUAGGACUGGUGUCCGCUUUCCUGGCCUUUCAAAUGUCGUCCGAAGUAAUAUACAUGCAAUUCUCGGCCACGUAUUUCCAGUACAUACCACUCAAGCUGAGCGCCCAGACGUCGGCCACCCUGAUGUCAUCCAUGGCCCUGACGUUUACCAUGGGCAGGGGUAUCAGCAUAUUUGUGGCCAUGCGGUUCCGGCCCCAGCAUAUCAUUUGUGGCCAUUUGCUCAUCUCGUUUGCCGGUCUGGCGAUACUAUACGCCGGCCAGCGGUCGCUGGAGUGCCUGUGGGCCGGCUCUAUGAUCAUGAGCUACGGCCUGUCGCCGAUCAUAUGUAGCACCUAUUGCUUUCUGGCCCAGUACCUAGAUGUUAAGAACCGUGUGGGCACCGUGUUGCUUUUUUCGGCCGAGUCUCUCAACAUGUUUGUGCCGUUUCUCAUGGGUAUACUCAUUGAAAAGUUUGCCCAAAUUUUUGCCCUCAUUAUGUUUGCCAACCUAUUGUUGAGUAGUUUAAUGUUUGUCGCGAUUUUGUAUAUUGUUAUGAGAGCUGAACGUAGGGCUAAGUGUCCGUCAGUGAAAUAG